GAGAUGGCGGGGUCACCAGUUCAAGAGGUGUCUGUAUCUGGCACUGGGCGACGCGGUUUAGUGGUUUAAGGGUUACAGGGGCAGUGUUAGAUGGACGCUUGAACCGGAUGAUCUUAAAGGUCUCUUCCAACCUUGGUGAUUCCGUGAAUAAAGGCGGAGUCCUUUGUCCCGGUUUCGGGGGUGAAACGCAGCAUUCCGUGAUUCCGGCUGCCGCUGAGGGCAGGGCCCGGAGAGCGCCGCAGCCGCGUCCCGUCAGCUCCGGUGCCGCUCCCGGCCCGUCCGCCGGCGGCUGCGCGCGCCUCUCCCCUUCCUCCUCCUCCUCCUGCUCCUGCCGCGGCCGCCGCCCCCCGGCAGGCAUGGAGGCCAUCGAGGAGCUGGCGGUCCAGCCCUGCACCUCCUCCCUCUACCUGCGGCCUUUCCGCCUCUCUUACCGGCAGAAUGGCACUAAGAAGUUCUGGGAUUUUAUGAGGACACAUGACAGUGUGUCAAUCCUGAUCUUUAAUACUUCUCGGCAGUGCUUUGUUGUGGUGAAGCAGUUCCGCCCAGCUGUUUACAUGUGUGAAGUAGAAAGGCAUCAUCCUCAAGUCUUUCAGAAUCAGGACAAGGAGAGCUUCCCUUCCCUGGAGAAUCCCUUACCCGCUGUGGUUGGAGUGACCUAUGAGCUCUGUGCUGGCAUUGUGGAUAAGCCAGGCCUUUCUUUAGAAGAAAUUGCCUGUGAGGAAGUCUUGGAAGAGUGUGGCUAUCGUGUUUCCACUGCAGACCUCAGGAGGAUCACCUCUUACAGGUCUGGAGUUGGUGUGACAGGUUCUAGGCAAACAUUGUUUUACGCAGAAGUAAACGACCAGAUGAGAAGCAGUGGAGGAGGCGGCCAGCCUGAAGAAGGAGAGCUGAUUGAAGUCGUGGAAAUACCUUUAGGAGAAUCCAUGAAGUUUGCUUAUGAUGAGACUUUCCCAAAGACAAUGGGUGUCAUCUUCAGCUUCAUGUGGUUCCACAACAACAUAGCACCUAAACUACCCAAAAAGUAAAGCACCGUGAUUUUAAGGAAAGCUUUUCUGCUGGUGCUCUGCCUGCAGAAGGCUGCAAAUCUGCAUGCCUCAAUCAACUCAACUUCUCACAAGACAAAUCUUUCUUCAAAUAAAUUCUGAAGUAAAAUCCGAAUUAAAAUGUUCACACAAUUUCCAUUAUUAGCAAAACACUUACUGGCAUCCCUGGGGCCCGGAUUUGACUUGGAGAGGCAAAUGUUGAUUUUUGUGCAAAGGUGAAGUGAAUGUGUCCAGCUCUCCUUUGUCACAGCACUGUUCUGAAGAGCUGCCCAAGCCCUCAGCACAGCUGCCUCAGGAGCCUCUCACCGUGUGUGUGCAUACUGGCAACUGUGUAUUCAUUGCUGGGUUUGAUUUUUUUUAUAGAAAUAGAAAUAGAAAGCAUCAAACCCUAAAUAGUCCCAGACACCUUAACAAUGUUCCUGAGUUCAGCACAGCUUUCAGGGAGCAGCUUUCUCUGUGGUGUGUGGUUCCUGUGCAGAGGAGGCGUUUGCAUUUCUGAACAUGCAAACCUUUAUUUCAUAAGCAAACAGGUCUGUAAAUCCUUCUGCUAAUGUGUCACUCUGACAAUGGAGCAGCUGUAAGAUUAUGUGCUCCUGUUUGUUCCCAUCACAAUGCUGGGCAGCAGUGAUGGUGAUGGAGGGGUGAAGGAUGGGGGCUUCUGCUGGAACACAUGCUUCUUUGUUUGCUUUUUGGGCAAUACCAGAUAAAUUAGAUCAAACUUUGUCCUCUAGAGUGGGACCAGAGAGGCCAAAUUCUUUUAAUUUAACCAGGAGAUGACUAACACAAAAGAUUUUUCUGAGGUUUUCUGUGGUCUCAAUUUCCUUACCACCCAAAUGGGAAGAAUGGGACUUAGGCCUCAGAUAUAACUUUUUGGAAUCUAAGGAUUGGAAGUGUUUUAUUGUGAUUUUAUCAUGAUUUGUGCAUGGAAGCCUGUGCAACCUGCACAGACAUAUUGAGGACCACAAUUGGAUUUAAUCAAGUGUCUAAUUAGAACAUAUAGUACUUGUUGUGUCAGCGUAGUUUGGAUGUGGACUCUUUGUCAUGUGAAACUGUUAAGAGCAUGAAUGAAAGAGAAUCAAGUCUGGCAAUUUAAUUAUGCACUGGGUUAUGUUAUUCACUGACUUCUUAAUCAACAUGCCCACAUUAUAUGUGCCUCCAGGAGUACUGAGGUGCUAAGUGUGUUUAGAAGAGGACUGCAAAUAUGCAAACUUGAACUUAACAGCUGAAAUAAAUGUAGCAGAGGUGUCUGAUGGUGUCCAGUGGCUGAUUUUAAAUCACUGCAUAUCUCAAUAGGUGUAUAAAUAAAAGGUUUUUUUAAAAAAAGCUUUUAGAAUUGCUGCUUGCUGGUUCUCCUCCUGAUAGGGAGGAAAGAUCCUUGGAAAGCCACUGAAGAAGGGGCAGCCUCUGUCUGUGGAGUCAGACUUUUUGUGAAAGUUCAGACACAGCUGUGUUGAGCUGGGCCUGGUCCAUGGUGAGUCAAGGGCUGAGUUAUUGUGAGAAGCAAAUAAAUUCUGUCUGUCUGAUGUAUUUACAUUGGAAGGUGUUUUAAGGUGGGGUCUCCGCUGCUCUGUCUAGUACAGUGUGUCCUGAUUGCCGCUGAGGCUUUUAUGAACUACUACAGUUCAUAGAAUAAAUAAUGCCUUUUAUUCCAGGCUGUAGUUACAAAGUUUCUAUUUGAUUCCAUCAGAACUGCUGGUCACACAGCAGCUUGUGUGCAUACAUGUCACAAGCCUUUUUUGUGUGUAAUGCAGAAAUUGGGAAAAAUAACAUAUUUUGCCCCCUCCAAGGCGCUGUGACCGUGCCUCUUAACAUACCAAACCUCCCCAGGGGCAGUGCCAGGCUUGCCAAAAUGUGGCCCCAGCUGCUGGUGCUGGUCAGCAGGAGGCUGUUCCCCAUCACUCAGCAGCCUGGGGGCUUGCAGGAGGUGUCUGCUGGGGACAUGCAGGGUGACACCGAGGAGCCACCGCCACCAGAGCAGAGCAGAGGCUUCCCAGAGUGGGCUGAGAGCUGGAGGUCAGGGCCUGGGGAGAGGGGGAUGUGACAGCAGGGAGGGAAGCCACAGGGGUGGCAGGGCGGCAUCAGUGCUCUGCUUGCUCCGAGGCGACCUCACCAGCACAACCUACAGGCUCCAGAGUGCUUUUAGGCAGUUGAUACUCGUGGAUAAUGGUGGAGGAGGGCAGUGGCAUGAGCCGGGCAUUCCCUCAGCACUUCUCCAUGAUGGAGGCAGCCAGACAAGAAGCACUGUCCCCACCUCCCCAGGGGUCUGCUGGGCACACACCUACAAACUCCUGGGGGACUGCAGUGGCUCUGAAGCCUUUACACCCCAAGGGAUGCUGGACUCCAUCCCUGUGCUCUGCCUCACCAUCCCUGCAAUGUGCAGUUCUCAAAUGCACAAAACAGCCACACGAUUACUUUAAUUUUCUUCCACAGUUUGGGAAUUUUCCACAGAAACAGCAGUAUACUGAAAGCUGUGCAUAAAGCAGUGGGGGAUCUGGAGUUUGAAUCUGCAAUAUUAAAUAUAAACGUGUCUUCAACCUCUUACUUUUUCCGUGUUAAUUUUGCGGGGAGAUUUUAUGAGCAAUUUGAAGGUUUGAAAAUGUGGCAUGAAGGGCUUGACCUUGUUGGGUUGGUUUGUUUGGGAUUUUUUUCAAUAUGAUUCAUAUUUAUAAAAAUAAAAUCAGAACAAUUCAGAUGUCA